AUGGGAGGUGAGGAGUCAAAGCCUGUCCCAGAGCCAAGUAAUAUUAUUUUUGAAUAUUAAAUAAAUCUUUUAUCAAAAUACAAUUUCAGGGAAAAAUUCUGACAAAACCUAAAUUUGUUUUUCUUUCAGUGUUCAGUGAGCCAUGGCGGAAACUCAACUGGAUGUAAGUACUCUCUAAUGUCUAAUGUGCUAUUUUCCUAAAUCACUGGGUGUGUGAUUUACAAAGUGCCAGUGGAUAUACAAAACCAAAUCCUGACAGCAAAGGGUUAACUUUUUGGGGUUUAUUCAGAGUAACGUUUUCUUUUUUUAAACUCUUUGGUUUAUUCCUCUGCUUUGUUUUUAUGUAUGUCUGUGUUUACCUGGGUAAGCACUUAGUAAACCUUUUUGAAAGGUGCAGUAUAAAUACAUUAAUUAUUGGUGUUAUUAUUAUUAUUACAAUUAUAAUUACUAUAUCUGUUAUUAUUAUCUCUGUAAUUACUCAGCUACCAACUAAAUAAACAAAUAAGUUAGCUCCAAAAAUUGAUUAAGAGAUGAUUUUGUUGGUUUAAAAAUGAUUCACUUAUACUCCUUCAGUUUUAAUGUUUGGUGCUAGUUCAUGCUCACUGCACACCUCUCUUUUGUCAAACUUGUGUCUCUGAUUUUCUGACCUCUGCAAACACACACCUGGCUCCUCCUCCUGCUGUCCUCUCCCCACACAUGGCUGCAUGACAGUUUGAACUGCUGCUGCACAAAGAGCUACAGAUACAUCAGUCUAUGUCCACCUUUUACAACAUCAGCAAAUUACAUGUGCACACAGCUGUGCUGCAAAUUUAUCUGCUCAAAUAAAAAGUGAAGAUUUUUAAAAAGAAUUUAAAAAAGGAUAGGUCUGAGUUAAAGAAUUUCACUCUUGCAAAAAGGAGCAGUCACAAACAGAAAGUCUGUAAGCAAGUGCUCAGAGGACUGUACUCUGACUUUGUUUUAGACACAGGGCGUUAUCAGUUUACAUCAGUCAUAUCGAAACAUAAUCAUCCAUAACAAGCUGUUCACAACUUUCUUUGUUUUGCAGACUGGGUUCAGCUUUUGUUUCCCAGCCUUGACUCAGGGUCAGAACAGAGAUAGACAGUAACAGUGUGUUGCUCAGCAUAUUUCUAUAAAAGCUGUCCUUAAAUUACCUUUGAUGACAUGAGUACAUGUACAAGGACUGGAUAAGAAGAUAUUUGUCCAGAAUCACUACUCAGUGUUCCAACAAAGUAAAUGUUCAGCUUCACAAUGCAAAGAAACUCUUUGCAGCCUGUUCAGCACAAUCGAAUGAGAGUAACCAAGCCCCCAUAUAUCCUGACGUCCAACUGUGUGCACUACCAACAUAAAACACAUAAGAACUAAUGUGGGACUUUUAUGAGAUAGUCACAUGACAGUAUGUGUGUGCACUGACACCUCUCCUGAGCCAUCCUUUCUCUCCCUUCAUAGUUUCACAUCCUGCACUGAAUGUGCAUCACGUGAUUAUGCAAAACUAAAAAAAGUUGUGGUUGUUAUCAUUUUAUGUCACACAUCUUUCCUCCUCUGAACAGGGACAGACAAGGCAUUCUGGACUAUGUGAAGAACUACAACCCUAGAACCCCAGAACAAGUGAUCAGAAUUCUUCUUUAUGGGCCAGUUGCAAGUGGAAAGUCCAGUUUCAUCAACUCUGUUAACAGUCUCUUACGUGAAAGACCGUACAUCAACUCUUUAGCAAACCACAACUCCAGCAACAGUUUUACUAGAGUGGUAUGACAACUUUUUUGUUGUAACAUAAAGGAAAUGUCUCAAAUUUGUAAUGAUAAUGAAAAAUCUACUAACUCCCAGUGCAUGCCAUGUGUCAUAAUAAUCUUUACUUUUAUUACUUAAAGGGAUGGUUUAGUUGUUUCCAAGUGUGGUCAUUUCAGGUGCUCGUCAAUGUUAAGUGUAUUUGCCAAAGGGAUCCCAGUGACUUGGGCCCCCUUUGCUGAGAAACCACAUAAAGGACUACUACAGGUGGGCUCAGCUCCACCAAGUGAUUUCAAUCAUUUUAAAUCCCAACCAAGGGUUGAGGGUGCUGUUCUUGCAGUGGCUUUACCCAGUGAGGAGGCAGACAACAUCCAUUCUAUAUACAGUCUAUGGGCACAACCAAGAAAUUGAGGCUACAAGAUCCUUAAAGGUUAGCUGGUCAUCAAUCAUGACACCACAGUUUCCAGACAUACUUUGCGUGCAUGAGUUUCUCUGAUCCAAACUGGGUAUCAGUCUGAGUCAAAUGUGGUGUUUCUUCAUCCAUUCAGUCAUAUCACAAAAGCAUAAUGAGAUUUUAGUUGAAAGAGUUGUGUGAGUAUGACAGAAAGAGACGGGUAUUGUCUGCAUAGUAAUUGUUGUUGGCCUGAAAGAAAAAAAAUUCACUUGGACAGUUUUAAGGGACUUACAGUAUCUCACAAAAGUGAGUACACCCCUCACUUUUCUGAAAAUAAUUAUAUCUUUUCAUGGAAUAACACUAAAGAAAUGACACUUUGACACAAAGUACAGUAGUCAGUGUACAGCUUGUGAAAUAGUAUAAAUUUAUUUUUCCCUCAAAAUAACUCAACACACAGCCAUUAAUGUGUACACCCCUGGCAAAAAAAGUGAGUACACCACUAAGUGAAAAUGUCCAAAUCGGGCCCAAAGUGUGAAUAUUUUGUGUGGCCACCAUCAUUUACCAGCACUUACUUAACCCUCUUGGGCAUGAAGUUCACCAGAGCUUCACAGGUUGCCACUGAAGUCCUUUCACCUUCCCUUUAGGAUGCCCCACAGAUUCUUAAUAUGGUUUAUAACAGUCUUAGCCAACAUAGCACCAACUAACUUACUGGCUUCUGUCAAUGAGCAUAAGUUCAGACUUUGAGUUUGAAAUCUAACAUGUAGGGGUAUCUAAUGUGGAGGAUUGAAUUCAUUCUGCUCUCAAUCUGUUCAUCUGCCACCUAUUUAGAUUUAAAGCUGCUUUUGGUCGUGAAUAGCAAAAUGUUAGAUUGUUGUGGGAUGCUGAGCUGCUCAGUGAAUACAUUGUUUAGAAGUCUUUAAUACUACUGAGAUGAAGUUAGUAUUAUUACUUUAUGUAAGAUCACGUAAAAGCUGAACAAGCCAAUAGUUAGUAUUUUUUGUAAUAAGAACAGUUUUUUUGUGUGAAGAGGGGUUGGAUUACUGGAUAAAAGAUGAUGGAGGUAAAUAUGUUUACUUUGUUUAAUGGAUGGUGACAUUGAUAUCAAAGAGAUAUCCUAUAUGGGGGAAAAAGAUGCAUUGAUAAUUUUAAUUAAUGUUAAAAACACAAUAAUUAUUUAAAUUAUUUGAUAAUCAAAUUUUAGCACCCUGAACUGGGAUCAAAUUGAAUCAUUAGGUACCUAAGAUGGCACACCCCAACUAACUACACUCUCCUCCAUCUGUCUUUAAUAGUACAAAACCUACAGGAUCCACAAAGGGACCUCAGGGGCAUAUUACCCUUUUGUGUUCAAUGACAUCAUGGGCCUGCAAAACAGUGGAGGGGUCCAUCCAGAUGAUGUCAAACUGGCUCUGAAAGGACAUGUCAUGGAAAAUUACGAGGUACAUUUACUGUAAACUUUGCAAAUUUUCCUCCAAAGAGAUUUAAAUGCACCAUUUAUUAAAUCAGAAUUCUGUCUUAGUUAACAUGUGUUUCACUGUAAUGUUCUUCAAAUGAAUUUAAAACUGUUUUCCAGUUCAAUCCUGAAUCCAUGUUGACUGAGGAGAAUCAGUUCUAUAAACAAUAUCCGUCUGAGGAUGACAAAGUGACGGUUCUGGUUUGUGUUGUUGAUGCCCACAACAUGUCCAUAAUACUAGAUGAAACUCUGAGAAUGUUACGUGACAUCAGGAAGGAAGCCAGUCGCCUGGGUAAGACCAGAAAAACUUUUCCAAUAUUUUUCUCAAGAGUUAGAUAAAACUUUGAAAAAAAAAACACAGUUUAAUUCUUGACAGAUCUUCAAACAGUUCCUCUAGCUGAUUUUGAUAUAUGUAUCUGAAGGAGAACAGUGGCUUUUGAAAUGUUUUUUUCUUUCAUGGGACUCAAAGUUUUGUGUUUGACAGGAAUCCCUCAAGUGGCCAUCCUCACCCAUAUUGAUGAGGUCUGUCCUGAAGUCAAGAAAGAUUUAAAAGAUGUCUACAAGUCCAUCUUACUGAAGAAGAAGGCAUGCUUACUUGUUGAUUUCAUGAUUUUGUAAAGAAGGAAUCACACUUUAAAAAGUAGUCUACAAAUGACACACCACUGGGCUCCGUUGCUCAGCACUGUUUUUUCUGCCACAAUGCUGCAGUUAGAUCAGGUGAUGAAAAAAUGAAGAACAUCAAAAAUUCUAAUUUAUACAAAUAAAUCAAGAAUUAAAUCCAAACCAGAUCUGAAUCUUUGUCCUGUAGUCAGGAUGACAGGAACAGCUCAGUAUCAUCUACAUAGCAGUGAUAUGAGAAUCCACAAGUAUGUAUUAGUGCACUUAGUGGGUUGGACUUCUCCUCUCCGUGAUAACCAAAAAGAUUCCCCUUUGAGUCAGGACACAGACCUAGAGGCCCCACCUAAAGCCAGACUGUAGUCUCCUUCCAAAGUCCUGAACUCCUCGUUUUAGUCCUUCUAAAGUCCCCAUGCUCUAAUAGAGGUCACUCAGAGUCCUUUUCUCCUCAGAGAGGUCAUUUGAAAACCCUGAUAUCCUCAUGGAGGUUAUUCCAAAGUCACUACAUUUCACCCAAACACUCUGAUUGGCAGUGACUGUCCUGAUCAGACCAACCAGGAAACCAGAGACAUGUAGUCCAGAUCCAGUCUUUAUUUGAGACCAGUGUUUUUCUGUCAAAACAUGUAGAGACACCAGGCUAGUAUCAUCGACUCUGAGUUUAAUUGAAUAGAUAAAUGAAACAGCCAUUCUAAAUCAGGCCUCAUUACCUCUUGUUCUGAAGAUCAGCUGCUCAUAAUUCAAAUUUGUUUCACUAGAUGGAGGAGUUCAGUGCAAAGGUGGGGAUCCCGAUGAACUGCAUCUUCCCUGUGAAGAACUACCAUGACGAGAUUGACACCAACAAUGACCUUGAUGUUCUGCUCCUGAGUGCUCUGAAAAACAUCAUCCACUUUGGAGAAGACUACCUUAACCCCUAA